UUGUGCGCUCUCUUAUCUCAAAUUCUCAACUCCAUGGGGAUUCCCAGCCGCGAAAAAAAACCCCUUCCAACCCAUUCAUCGUCAUGCUUUUCCCGCUAACCCUGUCAAACCCCGCACCCUCCAUUCCUCUUCGCCAUUCGCCGCCCAGAAGCGAUCAGCGGUGGGGCAUCGGUGCCACUCCUCCGCCCUUCCCCACACCUCUGCUGCGACCCCGAGCGCCCCCACACAGUGCCCUUUCCGUCUCACCAUGGCUCACCUUUCUCUCCGCCCUUCCCCUGCCAGAAAACGGCCCCAUCGUCCUCCCGCCUUCGGCCGAUGCCUCAGAGCCAACGGCCCUUCAACUUUCCACCAGUGUUUUACUCACUGGUGCCAUCACUGUUUUCCUCUUCAGGUCACUGAGAAGGCGAGCAAAGCGAGCCAAAGAGCUGAGAGUUAGGUCUAGUGGAGUGAAGAGCUUGAAGGAGGAGGCCCUUGACAACUUGAAGGCCAUGGGGUCGGCGACGCUAGAUGACGGGGCACCGCCUUCUCCUCUGCAGGCGCUUUUGGGUGGGAUCGCUGCUGGGGUGGUGGCAUUGAUUCUUUAUAAUUUUACGACUACGAUUGAGGGGGCGUUGAAUAGGCAGGCGAUUUCGGACAGUUUUUCGGUUCGUCAGAUGACAAUAACCGUAAGGACCAUCGUGAACGGUUUGUGUUACCUUGCAACUUUCGUCUUUGCAAUAAACUCUGUAGGUUUAUUCCUUUACUCAGGGCAACUCGCCAUUAAUUCCUUCAUAGAGACCCCUGCAAGCAACAAAACACCGGAAAACAACAAAGGGCAGAAGAGUGAAAUCGACUCCUCAUCGGAGACCUCUGUUGAAAAUGUGGAAACUGAUGAUACCUCGUAGCCCAACCAGUAUAUCACUAGCCCUUUCUUUUAUGUAUUAUCUGUAUCUGAGUUCUUUUGUAACUAUAUGAGCUCACAAUCUCUUAUAUUCUUUGGGAAGUUUCCCUUUUUCUCACUGUACAAUUCCUAGUUAAAUUUUGUAAGAUUCGAUGGAUAUCAAUCUCUCUAUGAGAUGCACCUCGCCUAUGAACAUUAAGUUUCAUUUAA